UUUUUUUUAAAAAAUGUCAAAUCCAGCAAGUAAAUUAUGGCAAACAGUUGUUUGUAAAAAUGGAGUUGUUGCUGCAUGGCACCCUUCUAUUCCUUUUCCUUAUGGGCAUUCUAGACCUGUUGAUUUGACUCAAAUAGAAGAACAAAAAAAGAAAUUUUUACAAAAUAUCCAAAAAUACAAAGACUCCACAGAACCAAUAAAAGAAAAAGGGCCUAGCGAUUUGGAACUUAGGGAAAUAUUUUAUACAAAUAUGCAGGAGUGGAAACCGAGAUAUCGAGAAACUCGUCUUUACAAAGCUGCGGGACCUAGAGAAUUAAAAUCAGUUCCAUCGUCUAAAAUGGGUUUAUUGUCGUCUCCAAUAUUUAAUAAAAUUGGAAAUUCAAAAAAUGAGGAAAUUAAAGAAAUUGAAUUUAAAGAGAAUAAUAAAUUUAUUGAAUGA